AAUAGAUCUAACCUAGGGAGUGAGGUGACCUGCAGUAGCUCAGCCUCGUUAUAUAUUGAGCAUUUGGUUGUCAGAUUUCAAACCCCUCAUUAUAACUCAUUAGUCAAUAAGAUCACAAGCGAGCUUCAGAAAAGAGGUCAUACUAUCGACUUGUUGGUUCCAUGUGAUGUGAUUAGAAGUUUCCACGGCUGAUGUAUGUAGCUUUGAUUGACUCAACAUCAUGGCUCUUGAAGUGAUUGGUGGGAUAGCAAGUAUUGCUCAACUAGCUGGAACCGUCUAUACGAUAUCAAAAACCCUUUACGAAGUGGGCGAAGCUCUAUCAAAUGCGCCUUCCGAUAUCAAUGAUUUAGCAAGAGACCUCGAGACCUUUUCAGAUGAACUCCAUUUAUUAUCCACACUCCUUCAUGGUAAAGAUGGACGUUAUGCCGAUCAAGUGUAUAGGCUCACGGCGAAAAUUAUUGGGGAUUGUGCCACGAUAUGUACAAAGAUUGAUCGGAUCAUUCGAAGAUUAAAAAGUGGUAAUAUGUGGGCUAAAGUGAAAUGGUUGUAUAAAGAGAAGGAGAUUAUGAAAUUAUUGGCAAGACUUCGCGACUUGAAGCUAAGUUUGAUGGGUACAUUGAGCGUGCUGAGUGCGUUAAGGGCUGAUCAUAUGAUGGAUGCUUUGGGUAUACAAAACUCCAGCUUGAUUGGAGGACAGAAAAGUCGUGAUCUAUCGGUAGAGACGCGCAAGCAAGUUGAAGAUACGAAAUUAAAACUCGCUGGACUGACGAUGAAGGAUGCUUCUCAAAGUUGCCCUGCAUCAACAACUAUGGUCCAAUCAAGCGUAUCUUUACUUUCGGGGAGCUCAAGCACAGCUUUAAGUUCAUCGGCUACUUCAGGGACAUAUAUUGGUUCUGCGGCAUCUAGAACACCUAGUACAACCAGCUUUGCAACAUCUGCAUUCAUUUCAAUGGCCGCGACACCAAAUAGGAUGCCGCCACUCCUAAAUUCAAGAGCUCUCGAGUCUGUGGAUUCGUUCCAUAGCGCCAUGUCAUCCCAGAACGAGGACGGGGAAUCUGUAAAAGUAUGGCGAAAUGAAAUGGCUCUCUCGGCUGUGAAGCACUUCAAGAUGGAAAAGAAAGAUGCUGAAGAAUGGGCGAUGCGUUUGCCAGUUCCCAGCAAAAUUCUGUCAACCACUCCUCACGCUAGAAAGUAUGGACAACUUGGAACUGCGAAUAAUAUUCAUGAGCUAGGAAACGAUGAAGAUGGUCCAUCUUCGCGGCCUAAUAGCACGCCUAUGGACUUUCAAGGUAAAGAAGACGAAGAUGAUUCUUUUGAUGGGUACUCUCCUACCAGCGUUGGAUACAGUCCUAUAGAUGGCCAUAGUCCGGAGAGUGGAGCUCUCCAGACUGAUGCCGCGCUAACAUCUGCACUCGAAAGGAAGAAAGAUCUUAGAGGGAGCAAACGUGUUAAUUUCUUCCAAUUUAAGAGCAAGUCUUUAACUGACGAUGAGUUGCCACGUAUGUGCAUGCAGGAUAUCAAUACCCAAAAUGGUAACCGAAAUGCCAUGACAAGUAGGUUAAUAUGAACAUGAACAUGCAUUUUCUCCUAGCUAAUAUCACCAGGUCCCUUUCAACAACCUCCUAUGACAGAUUACCAGACACAGCUCGCGCUUCUUGAUGAGCAGAAUAAAAAGAGAUUGGCAUUAGCACGACAGGAGCAGGAGGCUGGCCGUCAGAAACUACUGGGAAAUUACCAAUCCAGCUUAGCAAACACGGCUUUGCCGAUGAGCAUCCAUUCAGAUGAGCACGCACAAAAGGAUUAUCAGAUGCAGCUCAUGCUUCUUGAAGAACAGAACAAAAAGAGGUUGACGAUGGCACGGCAGGAGCAACAAGAUCAAAUUGAUCAUCAAAGGAAACUUCUGCUUCUGGAAGAACAGAACAAAAAAAGAUGGAUGAUGUCACAGCUGGAGCGGCAUAAUCACAAUCUGGUGCUACCAUCUUUAACUGCCCAUCCGCAAUGGCAAUGCCAGCCACCGAAAACCAUGAAACCUGACCAGCGACCUGCAACAACAACCUCAGGUGAUAAUCCAUUCGAUGGUAUCAAAAAAUUUAGUGUUGCUACAGAGGCUUUUCCUCUUAUAUCUCCUUGUGGGGACUCGACUGCAAUGCCGCCACCUUUUCAAAUGUUUCAGCAGCGUGAAGUAUCACAGCUACAUUCUCAGCCAUAUCAACAGUUUCAGUGGGAACGACAACAAAUGAACCAGCAACCAUCCCAUCAACUUCAUGAAAUUAAACAAAGUCAACAAGUCCAAAUACAACACCAAGAAUCACAACAAAGCCAUACAAGCGUCAACCAGCCUCAUUAUCAGCCUCCUAAUCUCAUGAGAAAAUCUGAAAAAUUCGUGGCUUCAGCCGCGGGUCAGCCUGCGGUGGUUUCGGGACCAGCUCCAGAAGAAGGGAAUAAUAAUCUAUCGACUCAACCAAUAUGUCAAUUUUCAGAGGGUCAAACGGCAUUCUCUCAUUGCCAAAAUGAAGCUUCAGAUCAAUGUCUGGGCGGACUUUGGUCCAGGGCUCUUACAAACGUUAAGUCGUUUGAUCAACUCAUAUACGGUAACUUGAAAAGACUUUUAGCUAGCAGAGAUUUAUUCAUUACUUCAGCUACAGGCUCGAACCCUCUUCUUAUCAAUCCAGAUUGGUCUGCAAUUCCUCACAAAGAAAGAAUUGCUUCAUACUGUCGGAUAUUUCCUCGUGCCGCCACUUCCAUUCAACGAGUACUCGAGAUUCUAGGUGUGAUGGAAGAGACAAUCGGUAUCAAAAUUGGUGCCAUUGCAUGGGCAUCCCUUCUUCUUGUCGUCGAGGUAUGUUAAAUCGUAUUUUGAAAGGAAAAUUUUUCAGCUAAUAACAUUCUCAAGGACCUAUUCCUGCCUAGAACAAAGAUAUCAAUCGAUUCCCAAAUUGAAAUCAUCGCCGAGCUUGCAGAGAUCGCUAGCAUCAUUGCUCGAUAUACCGUCAUGGAAAAUAUAUAUGCUCAAUGGAAGGGAAUGACUCUCGAAAAUAAUUAUAAAGAAUCCCUAAUUAAUUUAUCCACUCAUGUGUUGAUAUAUAUGGGGACUCUGUUUUCACGGUUUAAAGACUUCGGAAUUGAUUUGGAUAUGAAACCCUAUUUUCAUAAAAUCAUCGAAGCAGAUACUGCAUGUCGCGGAUUCACGGUCAUCUUUAGUUCUGAAGCUGGUGCGGUUGAUCAGAAACGCUCAAUUGGGGAUAUGUCUGAUGAUUCAGAUGAUUCGGAUGAUACUGUGUUGAAAGGUGACGGGGAAAUCGAAAUGAAAGAUAUACACUUGCCGGUGAAGCGUAUGAGGAUAUAGGUUUUGGAUGUGCUCUUUUUUUCCUUUUUUUGAAUGGGAGCUCGUUGGUGCGGUAUACCCUUGCCGUUAUUCUAUUUGGAAUUUGUAUUUAAUUACCUAAUAUUAGAUAAUCUACCCCUCAGCUUGAUAAUAUAUCGCAUUUGGUUCUUGAUGUUUAAUUUCCCGCUUCUGAUGUCCCUAGGUACUUGAGUCUGAUGAAUGUAUGUUGUAUGUAUAUACGCAAAGUAGCCUAGCUAGCGUUGUGCCAAUAUCUUUCUUAU